UGUUUUUCCUUCUAGAGAACUGUAAUCACGGUGGGUGCUCUGUGGCUUGGCACCAUUUCUUUGGGCCCCUCACGCAAACAUGCAGUGCCUGGGAGCUGUGUUAGCGCCGCGGCGGCUCGGCCUGCCGAGCUGGGUGUGCUGCCUGCCGAGCUGGGUGUGCCAUCUCUUUUGAAACUCGUCCCCUCUGCCGCCAGUGCCAUGAGGUGUUUCCAACCGAGAGCAGUUGGUUGCUAAGCACUGUAUUAUGGCAAACACCUGAGAUAAGUACAUAGAACUGAAUGUAACAAAUUGAGGCCAACUCUAUUGUUUUGUGUAGCAGCUGAUUAUGUAUCUGUUUUUUUAAAGAGGUGGGAGUACAGUUUUUGUUCCCUGCUCAGACCAUAGAUGUGCAAGAGAGCUUUACAAGCUUGUGACCUGGCUACAGUCAAAAGCAGUAAAAUCUUAAUGUGCCUGUUCAGUGUUUUUGUUACCAGUGUUUUAGCAGUAGCAGUGCUUUAGUUUGGCUUAUGGGGAAAAUAUCUUACUCCAUGAGGCAGUUUUAUUCUAAUCUUAAUUAGAUUUCAAACAUGUGUCUAUUUUUUCCAACUAUAUUGGCAGGCCUAGUAGAAGACAUUGCCUCUUCCUACUCAUCUUCCCUUAUUUUACCUCCGAGACCAUCAUAGCGACUUUCAUAGCUGCAAAUAUAAAUUGUUGAAUAUAGCUUGGUUAGCAGGAAAAGCAGAUUAGGUUUUUAAAUAGCAAAAAGGUCAACUUUUAUUUUUGAAGUUGCUGUUUACAGUAGAGCUCCCUUCAGAGUUUGCUUAUGUGCUUUCUUAAAAGCUAUUCUAAGAAACAGGGUUUUUGUUUUUCUUUCUUUCUUUCUUUUUAGGCAUUGACAAUUACUUUGCAAAGCUGAAUAAUAUUUGAAUUAUUUCAGUAAGAUAUCUUAAAAAAAUAAAAGAUAAGUCUGGAAAGCCUCUCAUCUUCUAGUUUGUCCUCUUGUGCUAAAGCAAUGUCAACUCUAUGUUCGCUGUUCCCAAGAGGUGCAUUGACUCCUGUGUGUAUUAAAUCCAGCCUACAGUUUGUAAACUAACAAAGCUUUUCAGUCUAUGUCUGAAAAGCCUUAUAUCAGUUUUGUUUUCCUCCUGAAAGAAAUUCUUCCGUCUUGUCUGGAGACUAUGACUCUGUAAAGCUUUGCUCUCAAGAAACUGGUAACAAGAUACCCCAGUGCUUAUUCCUGGAUCACAGAUUCAACUCUCAUCUGGCUCGGGAGAGUCACAGUCUUAUCAUUUGAUUGCUUAUUCAUAAUGGUUUGUGUGGGGGAGCAAAGAGGAGAAAAGAGGGGAAGGAACAGGUGUUUAAAUCCUCUUCAGCAGUUGGUUUCAGUCUAGCUGUUGUGUUGAUUUAUGCCUUAAAUAGGGAGGUAUUUCAGUUGCUUCAGUUUACUCCAAUGGUGAUCCUUCCAGAAUGGCGCUGAUCUGCCUGUUCUCUCAAAUGAAAUCAGAGGGCUUCACUCUCUCGGACUGCCAGACUACUGCUUUCAAACUAAUCUCACGUGUAUGUUUGGGCUUUAGCUUUUUUAGGAGUUUGCAUGAAAGAUUUUCGUGGAGUGGAAACCUGAGCUUCAGGAGAAAUGCCUUGGCUGUAUUCAUGCUAUACUGGGCUUGAGCUCUAUCUAUAGGCUGUGCUGCCUCCAUUAUCCCUACCCCAAACUAACAUAACUGCAAAGAGAGUCAGGGAAUGGCCAGCUGUUGCAUUUAUAGCCUGUACAUGUCUGCAGGAACUGCAGUUACCUUCAUUUCCAAUGCCAAAAGUAUGUCAUGACAACUAUAGCGUCUAACCUGUAGCACUCCAUCUGACCAGAAAAUUUUAUGGUAGUUUGGGGAAAAUAUUGUCUGGAAGUGACUUUUUUCUACAGAAACUGGCAGAGGCAGGAGUCUGUGCUGUCUUCCCAUUUAGAUAUGACCCACGGGCUCUUGUCAGGCUGUCAAUACUGUCAAAAGCAGAGUAAAACUUACCAUAUUCGAUUACAAAAUAGUACCACUGGUGGCAACUCAGCGUGCAGACGGGAAAUUAUGCUACACAAAUAACUAAUCUUUCUCACCAACAGUUUGCAAUCUAAAAAUCAAUGCAGUCUUGGCAAAUCUGUCGCCAUUCAGAUGAAGGUGUUUUCUAUGACUUACCUAAGCAGAAAUCAAAAGAAACGCUAAAGUAGGCAUUGCAAGUCUGAGAAGACUCCCUGGGCUCUGGGCUCAGAGUUGCUUUUGAAUGUGCCAUGCUCCUAACAUUCAUGUAACUGUUACCUAUAAACAGCAACUCGAGGCAUCCAUCCUGAUCGUUGUUUUAGGAUAAAAACUGUUUUCAAGUUGGUUGGUUCAUUUUCAAGUGCACCUUCUGGAAGGUUGUGCUGCAAAGACACAUGUAUCAGUAUACAAAGCACAAUAAAUGCAUCUGACAGCUGAUUUUUUUUUCUGUUGCCUAGAUAAGAGGCCGUAAUGUUGGAGGAAAGAUCUUGCCAUAAAAUGACUUCAUUUGUGACCCAGUAGAAGAGCAGCCUAACACAUGUUCAUUAUUUAAAAACAGUUCAUAAGGAUUUAUGAGAUCCUUGUGCCAACAACACCAGGAAAUAAACUCAUAUAUAAAAUUAUCAGUCACUUUAAAUUGACUGGUAGUUUUUCUUCUGUCUUGGGGAAAGAUGGCAAAAGCUGUGUGAAAUGUGUCAGCUGACUAGCUGUGUCACAUGAGAAGGCUCUGAUUUCAGUAAUGUCUUCGGUGAGCCUCAUUUUAAUUCAUCAGAAAUGAGAUGUAUAUCAUCUGACAGAAUCUCCUCUUUAUAUUGUUAUAAAUGUAGUAACUCACUUUGGAAAUGUUUGCAAGGUGUUCCGGAAUCUAGGAACCUGGAGUUCUUUCUUCACCGUUUAGAGACUUAAAAAGUGGCCUCUUAUUUAGGACAUUAGUUUUAGGAUGAGGAAAACUUUGCUAGAAGACUAGAUCUGCCAUCUGGAAAAAAGCAAUAAAAGCAGGUAGUUUCCGAAACAGCAGAACUGAUGAAACUUGUCUUGAUAGGGUAUAGACAUAGGCCUGCGGUACACUGUGGACUCCUGCUGAAACUCUUCCUGUGGCAUCUGUAGCUCUUUUCCAUGUGCACUUUUGCUCUCUAAAGAGUAAAGAGAGGGCUCGUGUUGCAGUCUUUCCCUCAGCUGGGGUGCUCGUGAGGUAGCGAUGGGGCCUCCUUCCUGUACCUGAUGGGCUGUUUUCAUGAUGCGUGGAGAAAUUAUGUUUUUGUGAUGAUUAUACUCCUGUCAAAUCUGGUUGAAAUGGAAUGGGAUUGACAUACUGUCUGUCUGAUUUUGGUGAUGCUUCUAAGCAGUUGUUCUGGAACAUCCUAAAGUUUUGUUAAAUCCAUACUGAGAAUGCUUAGCAAAAUCCUGAACAGCAGCAGAGACAUCCUAAGCCUAACCCUAAAGAGGGAGCUUUGAAGGUGACAGCAGUUGGUUUGAAGUUGGGGCAUGUUCUGAUUUUUGUACUGUGAAGGCUAAAAACUGCAUUGAAGUCAAAUCUAUGUAUAUGGGCUGACUUGCUCAGCUUUCCAAGUAAAAUUUCCUUUAUUCUCUUGGCAAUUAAAUGAGGUGAUUGGCCAAUACAAUUCUAGAGGAAGAUGGUGUUCAGUUUUUGGUUUUUUGAGUUUUUCUUCCUCUUGUGGCACUGAAGUGAUCUCUAAGCCUUCUGUAGAAGCACCUCCGAAGUAAAUUCUCAUGCCUCUUAGCCAUCUCUCUUUUUUGGAGACCAGCCAUACACAAAUGGUUGCACUUUUAUCUCCCAGUACAUAUAUAAUUAAAUCUGGCCCUGGGAUGGAAGACAGAGAGACUGAGAGAGCUCCUGAGGGGGAACAGAGGCUGAUUAAUAAGGAUUAUUAGAGACUGCUGAUUGAAAGGCUGCAGCUGUGAUUGCCAUAGGAGGGAGAAUGUAGCAAGGUCUCAGUGCUUGCAGUGGUGUCUGCCAUGUCUUGUCUUUGACUUACUUUGAAAAAGACAUUUUUCCUGUGCUGUCCUGCAUCCCAGAAUUGACGGCUACACUCCACCACCCAUCUGUGAUACUUUAAGAGGAUGUUGCCUCUGCCAUCCCUGAUGGAUAUCAGGCAACUGCUAUGUCAGUGGACUGUCUGGGACAGCGCGCAGUACUUUCGGGCCGCCGUUUCCUCUACAUAGUUAACCUGGAUGCACCAAAUGAGGGUCAUCGAAAGAUCUCCCGCCAGAGCAAGUGGGACAUCGGUGCAGUGCAAUGGAAUCCGCACGACAGCUACGCAUACUACUUCGCAGCUUCAAGCAAUCAGCGAGUUGACCUGUAUAAGUGGAAAGAAGGUAACGGGGAAGUUUGCACAUCACUGCAAGGGCACACACGUGUGAUCAGUGACUUGGACUGGGCAGUGUUUGAACCAGAUCUGCUGGUCACCAGUUCUGUUGACACAUACAUCUACAUUUGGGAUAUCAAAGACACCAGGAAGCCUACGGUCUCGCUCUCUGCAGUUGCUGGAGCUUCCCAGGUCAAAUGGAACAAGAAAAAUGCCAACUGUUUAGCAACGAGCCAUGAUGGGGAUGUCCGAAUAUGGGACAAGAGGAAACCCAGCACGGCAGUGGAGUACUUGGCAGCCCAUCUCUCUAAAAUCCACGGUCUGGACUGGCAUCCUGACAAUGAAUAUACGCUGGCCACCUCCAGCCAGGACAACUCUGUCAGGUUCUGGGAUUACCGUCAGCCUCGGAAAUACCUCAAUAUCCUUCCCUGCCAGGUUCCAGUCUGGAAGGCAAGAUACACGCCUUUCAGCAAUGGGCUGGUGACAGUGAUGGUCCCCCAGCUCCGUCGGGAGAACAGUCUCCUUCUCUGGAACGUCUUUGACUUGAACACUCCUGUCCACACGUUUGUGGGCCACGAUGACGUGGUGCUGGAGUUCCAGUGGAGGAAGCAGAAGGAAGGUUCUAAAGACUACCAGCUGGUUACAUGGUCCCGUGAUCAGACUCUGCGGAUGUGGCGGAUUGACUCUCAGCUGCAGAGGCUGUGUGCUAAUGAUAUCCUGGAUGGUGUUGAUGAGCUCAUCGAUGGGAUUUCUCUUCUGCCAGAGCCAGACAAGACCCUUCACCCCCAGGACUCAGAGCCCCAGCAUAACUCUGGGCACGGGGAUGAGGAAGCCUUAAAAGAAGAUUUCCUGAAUGACCUCCUGGUGGGAAAGAAAACAGACCAACUGGGGCUGCCUCAAACACUGCAGCAGGAGUUUUCACUGAUCAAUGUGCAGAUCCGAAACGUCAAUGUGGAGAUGGAUGCGGUGAAUCGUAGCUGCACAGUGUCAGUGCAUUGCGGCAACCACAGAGUCAGGAUGCUGGUGAUGUUCCCUGUGCAAUAUCCCAAUAAUGCUGCACCGUCCUUCCAGUUCAUCAACCCGACUUCGAUCACUGCUUCAAUGAAGGCAAAGCUGCUGAAGAUACUGAAAGACACUUCUCUGCAGAAAGUGAAGAGGAAUCAGAGCUGUCUGGAACCCUGUCUGCGUCAGCUGGUCUCCUGGCUGGAGUCUGUUGUGAACCAAGAGGACAGCACAUCCAGCAAUCCCUACGCUUUGUCAAACUCCGUAACACCCCCCUUGCCCACGUUCGCCCGGGUCUCCAAUGCCUAUGGCUCCUACCAGGACUCUAACAUCCCAUUUCCACGGACCUCUGGAGCCAGGUUCUGUGGUGCAGGGUACUUGGUGUAUUUCACAAGACCGAUGACCAUGCACCGUGCGGUGUCCCCCACGGAGCCAACGCCCAGGUCCCUGUCAGCUUUGUCAGCAUACCAUAGUGGCCUCAUUACUCCAAUGAAGAUCCGUACGGAGACUCCAGGCAAUCUGCGUUUGUACAGUGGCAGUCCCACACGUAGCGAGAAGGAGCAGGUCUCCAUUAGCUCCUUCUACUACAAAGAGAGGAAAUCAAGGAGAUGGAAAAGCAAACGAGAAGGGACGGAUGCCAACAACCGACCGAUCAAAGCUGCUGGGAAAGUUAUUAUCCAGGAUAUUUCCUGCUUGCUGCCAGUGCACAAGUUGCUAGGAGAGCUCUACAUACUGAAUGUGAAUAACAUCCAGGAGACUUGCCAGAAGAAUGCUGCCUCAGCCUUGGCAGUUGGACGGAGGGAUCUCGUACAGGUUUGGUCACUAGCCAUGGUAGCCACUGAUCUCUGUCUUGGACCGAAGUCUGACCCAGAUUUGGAGAUACCCUGGGCACAACAUCCAUUUGGACGUCAAUUACUGGAAUCCUUGCUGGCUCAUUACUCACAAUUACAUGAUGUGCAGACCCUUGCUAUGCUAUGCAGCGUGUUUGAAGCCCAAUCCAGGCUACAAGGAUGCCCAAACUCCUAUGGCCCCUUUCCUCAGCGUGCCUCCAACCUGGCCUCCCACAGUCGCUACCCCAGCUUUACUUCUUCUGGCUCCUGUUCCAGCAUGUCAGAUCCCGGACUUGGCACUGGAGGCUGGAGCAUAGGUUGUGCUCAUGAGUAUUGUGCUUUGCGGUAUGCUCAUCAUCUUUUGAUGCCUGCAGCAAACAAAGACACAGAGCAGGCCUCCACUCCCUGGUGCGAGUCUUCUCCAGAUGACUUCCGCUACGGAAAUCUAAUGUAUCCUGAUCAUCGGGAGCGUGAGAAGGAUCAACAUGAGAAAAACAAAAGGCUCCUGGACCCUGCCAACACUCAGCAGUUUGAUGACUUUAAGAAGUGCUAUGGAGAAAUCCUUUAUCGCUGGGGCCUGCGGGAGAAGCGGGCUGAGGUUCUAAAGUUUGUCUCUUCUCCUCCUGAUCCCCACAAAGGCAUCGAGUUCGGUGUGUACUGCAGUCACUGCCGCAGCGAGGUGCGAGGCACCCAGUGUGCCAUCUGCAAGGGCUUCACGUUCCAGUGUGCUAUCUGUCACGUGGCGGUGCGAGGCUCCUCCAACUUCUGCCUGACAUGCGGACACGGAGGACACACCAGCCACAUGAUGGAGUGGUUCCGCACCCAGGAAGUGUGCCCCACGGGCUGUGGGUGCCACUGCCUGCUCGAGAGCACGUUCUGAACAGCAGUGAGAGCAGAAUGCCUGUGAACUGGAUCUGAUAUUUAAUUCCCAAGCCAUGUUGAAUCAGCUCUGCUCCAUGGUGUCUGGAGGAGAUGCUCCAGGGAGCUGAAGCGGGAUUUCCUGGCGGUGAACCGCAGGGACGUUUACACGUGCUUCCAGUAUUCCAACACUUCCCAGGUUGCUUUUGGACUGAUUUGACCAAACUCCCUGUGUCCAUUGCUGGCGAUGGAUGCCAGACCAGAAAAAUCACUCUCUCCUGCAGAAGGAUAUGUGAAUAUUGGCUAGUCUUUUGGGGGCUGAGGGGGUGUUAGAAAGUUCCUUUGGAAAACAUUGGCAGAGCCAAACUUGCUUCAACUACAUAGUCUUUCCGCAUGCCUCCUGACAGGGGCAGAAAGUGAGCAAAAUAGAGAGUCGUCUUUGCACAGUUAAGGUGGAAAUAAUUCACAGGCAACAGUGAGCUGUAAAGGCUAAUUACAGACUGGGUUUGAAGAGCAAAUAGUCUGUGGGACUUGCUCAGAGUUACUUACAGAAGCAACAGGGUCCUUAUUUUGCUGUUUACACUGUUCUGGUUAUCCCAUAAAGCAAAAGAAUCAAACUACAUUUUUCAGGAUUAUUUCCUAAAUAGCUUCCUACUCACUGGUCAGUAUCUGCAGCUGGUGUGAAAAGCCCAGCCGUGUGGCCAAAAUCGCUAGGAUUAGUUGUUUUCUUCCAGCAGUUUUAAUAGUGUCACUCCUGAAGUGUCUCUGUUUUGCUGUUCUGACUGGGUGAUGCAAUGCACUUUAACUUGCCUGUCCCUGCCUUGUCGGUGACACGUCCUGGUGACUGGGAAAGGCCAUCUGCCUUUCGAUCUUUGGAUCCACGCGGCGUUUCCAUGGAUGGUGACGCUGCCUCCUCCGGGCCGGGCCUGGGUCUCUCGUGUGUCAGGGAACAAGUGCGAGUGUUUCCUUGCCCAGAAAACCCAAGGGAGAGGCUCUAGUCCAUGAAACUCCUGACUGUUUUCUCCAGGCUGUUCGUAUGGGGGAUAUCAAGGAGUAAUUUGAGAUUCACAGCCUAAACUGAGCGCUGUCGGUGUGCUUGAGCGACUAGGCCAGGGAGGCAGCCGUUUCCAGGGGAGAAGGGGCUCCGCAGGGUGGUGGGACGUGCAGAGGCGAGAGGUUUGCACCUCUUCUCUCCGCGGUGCUUCGAUCUGCGAAUGUAUUUGAACGGGCCGUCUGUUUUGUGAGGCUCUGCCGGCCGGCUGCCAGGAUGCUGUCGCGCCGCUGUGCGUGCGGUUGCGUGCACACACGGGGCGGGCAGCCCGUGCCUCUGCUGAGCAGGCUUCCCUCUUGAGCUCUCAUUUUGGGCAAACGCGUGGUCAGGGACUGGCCCGCCGGAGUUACCCCUUCCCCCUGCGCUCGCCUGCCGAGCAGGGCCACGUGCUGUGCCCUCUCCAAACCCUCGUGCUAACUCAGGCUGUGGGAUCCUGCUGUCGAAUAAACAGAUGGUGUAUCUUAAACAUUAAAAUUAUUUUUUUAA